UCUCCGUGUCGCCGGCCUUCUUGAUGAGAAUGACACCGGCGAAGCCGUGGUCCAAGUCCCACAGGUAGACUGAGCACACGCCACUCUCAAAAUACCUGUACGAGUCUCCAUCUCUGUCAAGCAGAGGGGCUUGAUCACGUGCACCAGCACAUCGAGGACGACCCACGACAUGGCUACCUCGCUCAGAGUCGCUCUACAGGAGGGCCUCAAGGAGAUAAGAGUGGGCGAAGUCACCACUGCACCAGCGUGCAAAAUCAGGGUGCAAAGGUCAUAGACAACACAUGACGUAAUAGCUGAGAGUAGACCACGCCUACUCUUCAGAGAAGGGGUUUGUGUGGUAGUAGUCAGAGAGGUCAGUAGAGAGGUAGCCAGAAGCUAGAAGAUGGAGGAGACGAGGCAGCAGUUGUGUCGGGAGCUGGCGGCUGCGGUCAAAAAGUUGCAAGGUGAGCACGUCCUGAAGAAGACGAGUCCGCAGAGUAAAAGCCAAGAUGCUGACACACUUUGCAAAGUUCUCGAAAUUGUCUUUCUUCUAGACCUCAAAAAUGAAAAGGGUCAGUUGUGGAGCGGGACAAGGAGACCCAAUAUGAUCAACCCUCCACAACCUUCAUUCUGGGUGUUCAUAGAGCCAAUGGUGUCAGACGAGAUCAAGACACAGCUAAUGGCUCUCAGGGACUCCGAAUCUGACGUCAUGAAAUGUAGAUCUUGGCUGCGGAUAAUGCUCAACAAAUCUCUCCUCCUGUCAUUUCUGGAGGACCUUCAGCGACAUCCUGGACUCCUCUCGUUCCAUUACGGCGGGGAAUCUGUGCUCAGAGAUGCCGAGAGACUAGAAAUUGUCAUCCAACUUUUGAGAGGACUGUCCACUAUUCAACUGGGCUAUGACUACACAAUCUCAUCUCUUACAACUUGGGACAGCUCUGUGCUACAGAAGGCAGGGAUUUGGCAGGACUCAUCUUCUUCCCCAAACACCAGGAGAGACGGAGAGAGAGUGAGUCCACCUCCGACCUCGUUUGGAGUGGGUGUGGUCAACAUGGCUCUCGGCCGCUACUCGCGAUCCUCAUCUCUCUCUCAGUCUUCAGAGACCCAGAUCAUCUCCAGAGAGGCAGUAUCACAACAGGAGGAAGGAGGGGCACCACAAGGUCGUAGCUCUGCUGGUGGUGGGCGUGGCAACAGAGGACGGGGAUCUGAGGACUUUUCCUAUGCCAAAUCUCUAGACUUUGAGGUGGUGUCAGAGAAGACAGGUAGCCCCGUCCACAGAACCCUCACCUCUCUCCUCACCAAACUGGUCCCCGAGAGAGGACUCGACUCUCAGAACUACUGCUGUGCCGCAUGUCGGAGGCCCAUCGGAGUCAAGGCUCCGGCAGCAGCUGAACUCCCUGAGAGACUAAAGUCCCCACAUCUCUAUGAGGAGAUUCACAGCUACUCCAUUCAGGAGCUGAGUGAGGUCCACUCGGGAGGUCUGCUGGAGAGGAUGAGGAAGACGGUCAGAACUGUCUCCACACAUGUCAGACAAUGCCCACUCUGUUCUCAGAAGGGGUUCAUAUGUGAAGGUUGCCAUGGGAACAACAUCAUCUACCCCUUUGACCUCCGAGACACAUACCAGUGUCCGUCGUGCAGUGCAGUCUAUCACUAUGUCUGUACACCAGAGAAAGGAAACUGCUCCAAAUGUCUUCGUAUUCACCGGAGAAGACAGGCUCUAUGUAGUGACUUCUGACUAUCAGUGAACUCUCCACUUUUUCCCCUCCAUUUCUCUGUAGUAUUGUGCUGCUCACCAAUUAAUGGGGAAAAAACUCGUAGCCGUACUCGUGAAAUGUGCAAUAAACACGUUCACUGCUUACCAUACUCACAAAAAACUAAUUGGUGUCUUAGCGUACCCAUGAAAUGGGGGAAAACGUAGACUCGUUGCCGUUGUCGUAAUAAUAAUAUUAUGGCACAAAAUUCAAGGGCUGCUCGCAUGCAUACCUGUGUAUCUAAUGGGAAGUCACGUAGGCUGGCAAAAAAACUCAUUUGUUGCUUAGCGGGAAAAAAAUUGUAGACUGCUUGCUGUGCUCGCAAAAUAGCAAAAAAUAUGUAGGCUGCUUUCCCGUACUCGUGAAAUAUUAAAAAAUAUCCUCAGUAAUUUCUCUAGUAACUCCAGGGUACCCCUCAGUAAUCUAGUAUAUAGGCCACUAGUAAACUCCCUCAGUAAUUUCUCUAGUAAACUCCAGUGUACCCCCAGUGCACUCUAGUAAACUCUAGGGUACCCCAUGCCAUUUGGUAUCUGCAGGAUUCCGUCUGUAAUAAACUCCAGGCCACCAUAGCCACAUCAUCACCGGAGAAGACAGGCUCUAUGUAGUGACUUCUGACUAGGUGAGGUGGCAAAAAAA